AUGUCGUCUUUCCUCGAGCGUCCACAUUCCAUCACCCCCACCCUCGCGUGGGCUACCCUCACCAUCUGCCUCAGCACCUUCCAGUUUGGCUACCAUCUUUCCGAACUUAAUGCUCCCUCAGACUACAUGGGGUGCUCUGGUUCCCAUGCCCUGACUGCUUGUGUCGACAUUCCCGAUAAUCUGAUUGCCACCAUCACGGCCAUGUACACCGUGGGCGGUUUUUUGGUGUCGUUGGUGUUGGGGUUCACUUCGAUGUCGCGAUGUUUCGGACGCAAAUGGCUCUGUCAGGCCAGUGCUGCUGCAUAUUUCGCUGGAUCCUUCAUGAUGGCACGCUCCCAUCUGAGUACUGGCCUCAAUCUUGGCCGUUUCGUGUGCGGUGUGGCUGCUGGAGCAUCACUUAUCAUGUCACCUAUUUUGGUCAACGAGCUCACUCCCAUCAACCACCGAGGCCUCUUGGGCUCCUUGCUCCAGGUAGCCAUCGCUGCCGGGAUCUUCACGGGCCAGGCGGUGUCACUCGUGUGGCAUCAGGACCAGUGGAGGUGUGUGUUUUACUUUGCCCUGUUUUUGGGGCUUUUGCAAUUUGCCAUGCUCUUCACAGUCACCGAAUCUCCCAAGUGGAUCAUCAUCAACGAGGGCGACGUUCAGCACGCCACGGGAAUUCUUGGACGGUUACGUUCCGACAAGGAGACGGUGUUCCACGAAAUAAACCACUGGAGAGGCUUGGAAAGCCGUCUGGGGUCAGGCGAUCUCCAACCACUUCUCCCCAAAUCCGAGACCAUUCUUGCCAACUCGCUCCAAUUGGCACCCAAAAAGUCCCGGAGAGGCUCUUUCCAGGAAUCCUCGGUGUCUGCCACUGAGUUCAUGUUUGGCAAGUACAGCCAUCAGGCAAUAGCUGUAUUUAUUCUUAUGACAUCGCAGCAAUUGGUGGGCAUCAACGCCAUCGUGUUCUACGGGGUGCGUAUUCUCAGCACCCUUUUCACCACCAACACUCUCCUCUUAUCGUGCUCCAUCCUGUUGGUGAACGUGGUGAGUGCCAUUGGAACAUCCCAGUUUGUGGACAGGGUAGGUCGCCGUCCUUUGAUGUUGUUCUCUGCCGUCACUUCUGGGGUGUUUUCUGUACUUAUCGCCUUUGGCUUGGUAAGGCAGAUGCCGUACUUGAUUGUGGGAGCAUGUUAUGGGUUCGUGAUCUGCUACUCGGUUGGGAUAGGGCCCAUUCCAUAUCUCAUGGUAUCGGAACUUGCCAGCCACGAGGUGGUGUCCACUGCCCAGGCCAUCGGGACGUCUGCCAACUGGGGGGCCAACAUCCUCAUCGCAUACCUUGUGCCUGUUCUCCAGGACGCCAUUGGCGGGGCCAUUUUCUACAUUUUCGCAGCCAUUUGUGGGUUGUACGUGCUAGCAGUGUGGUACUGUGUUCCCGAGACUCGCGGAGUGACCAGUCACCACGAGGCGUGGCUGGUCCACCGGGGAAGUCUGGACGAGGUGUUGGUUUAG